GGCCGCAUUCCGAUGACUUGAGAGAUUUACUCCGCGCCGAUGCAGAGUCGACUGUUUUGGAGGAGAUGAUGACGUAGUGAUCAUCGGGAUUCGUAAAAACAGAUGUUCUCCGCCGGGGCAGACGACUUCCUCUUAUUCACGGAAGAAAAUCGACUCUCCCAGUCCCGGCUGAUUUCCUCUACGCUUGCUUUCCUCCGCGGUACUAAAGCGAGGAACCACGAACUGUUCCGCAACCGAGAAUGUUGCGCUUGUGAUAUCGCUUUCGAGAUUUGUGUCCGGCGUAUGAAGCGCGCUCUUGAUAGAGAGCGACCGAAACAAAGAUCCUGAGCAGUUAUCCGAUGUGAUCAGCGCUGACAUCGGGAUGUCUUCGGUGUCCUCGAACAAGGCUCGGCAACGCGGGACAGCGUCGUCGAUGAAGUGGGACAGGUGCAGUCUGAACUCUCCCGCGGGCUCAACGGGUCGCAGACCUUUGCCGGAGCCAGCGAGCGUAGCCAACUUGUUACUGAUGGCUGUGAUUCACGUGUGCCGAAAAGCCGUCCUCAUCGAUCCCAAAUACAAAAUCGGAAUAUAUCUCAUAUUCCUGUUUGUAGGCUCGGCCCUCGGCGACGCCGGCUUCCCCUAUCCGAAGACCUAUUUUUCGAAUUCGCGAAAUGUGCUAAACCAGUACUUCGUCAAACUCGGCUGGGGCUGGACGCUGAGUCUGACUUCAGCUUACAUUUACCUGACCGCCAGCGUCUAUUGCGCCGGUGAUCGGACGCGAGUCGUCAAUCAUUUGCUUCGGAUGAUCGUCGCGACUGCUAUUUGGUUUACCUGUACGAAUUUAUUCGUGUACGUUGAGAAUCAGACGGCUUCCUGCUCGUCACCGAAGUUCAAAACGAGGCAGAACUGUAUCAUGAAAGGCCAUCGUUGGCUGGGAUUCGACAUUUCCGGCCAUUGUUUCAUUUUGAUAUUCAGUCAUUUAGUGAUCAGCGAAGAACUCCGGAGUUUGGUGAAUUGGGAGAGGAUAGCCGACAUCGUACGAAACGAACCAUUCGACGCCGAUAGCCCGAUCAAAGAUCUCGACGCCGAUCAAAAGCUCGCGCUGAAAACUUAUUACGAUAAAUACACGCCGUAUAUAAGAGGGUUGUUCAUUCUCCUCACACUGCUCGCUAUAUUGUGGGAUAUGAUGUUGGUAGCCACGGUUUUCUAUUUUCAUAACAUGGUUCAAAAAGUGUUGGGUGGUAUUUUUGCAAUUGUACCAUGGUACUUUAUCUACAAGUUUUGGUAUCCAAGUGGCGUUUUGCCGCCUUCACCAGGUGUCGGCUUGGUCAAAUACUCAGAGGUAUACAGGAGAGGUUGAUGGGCGACGUAUUCGGUUGUUCACAGUACUAAUAAGACGAUAUAUUUUGUGUACAAAUAAAUACGUCAUAGGCUGGCGAUUGGAUUCCGGAA